AUGUAUGUGUAUGUGGUCAGGUUGAAACUAAUUGAGCGUCGAUUGAGGCACAUUGCCAUUGGCAACCUGGCCAGGCCAAAUGCCAGGUGGCCCACACAAACUUUUCACUACACGCAAGUCGAAUGUAGCAAAGUGGCGUCCUGUUUUUACAGUUGCCUGGGUUGUGCGCGCAACGUGGCUGCCGCUGCUGGUGAGGAAGUCAGCCGAGGAACGGAGCCAACUGUCAACGGAUUGUCGAAUUGCCUAACGUAUCGCCAAGUCGGAGGCGGCGGCUUUGGUGCAGGCUCAGCGCCAGCGCGUCGAGUUCCCGUCUUAUUCUCCACAAAUCGUGGUCUCUAUCUGCGUGUGGCACAGCCACAGACGACGCUGCAACCGGUGGCGCAGCAUUAUGACAUUAACUUUUGUGAUCUGGAACGCUGGAGCACCAAUCGCGCCAAUGUGGUCAGCUUAGAGGAUACAUUUAGCAUCCUGAAGCCAGGGCCGCAUCCACAUACAGACCCACCACAUCCACAGAGCAAUCAACCGCAACGCGACUGGAAUAACUUGGCUGUCUACAAAAUGCAGCCAUUAAACUGAUUUCUUUAAUUGUAUCUGU